AUUCAUGAUUUUUUAAUCAACGUGGAAAAUCACGGUUAAUGAUUUUUAACCAUAACGACGAUGAGCAAACAACCAAAUUUUCCAUUUCCACCCUUUUUUUACUCAUGCGCGACCAAUCAACACUGUAGUAUGGAGUAUGGCUGUUGUGUGUACGCUAUAUACAUCGUUUAUUGUUGGAAUUGUUUAUUUAACGUAUAAAUUGUUUCAAAAUUCGUUAAAAUAAAUCGAUAACCUCCGAUUGUAUGUUACAAUAGAAUUCAAUAUUCCCGAAGGAUUGUUGUAAUCGAAACCAUUUACACAUUUAUGAGAGUUACAGUGUUUAAUAAAUUGUAAAUAUAAAUAGCAAAAACAGUUCGCAUCUGAAUAUUAAUGUACCCAAUUAAUGAAUCGAAUAAUUAUUCUGAAUUACACGUUACAUAAAUGAAAGUUGCAAAGCCGGAGUAAACAUUGUACAUCAAAGUCUAUCGUGAUUAAUGAAUAUGCGGCUGUUUUAUAAAAAGAUAGCGAAUAGUGUUUUAUAAUUACAAUACGUUCGUCAUAAUAUCAAUCCUUUCUUCAUAAUCUAAACAUGUUUUCUACGAUAUUCAACCUGCGGAAAAUGUUAGAGGACAUCAUAGUUGAACAUAUCGACGUGGAUUGUACAGUCUGGUUGACAUGGCUUUUAAUGCCACUUUUAAUAACGUUCUUACUUCCAUUUGUUAUCGUCGUACUAUUAUAUUUAACUGCGUUAAUAUUAUAUGUAUACAGAUUACACAGAGUUAGAUUGAGGAAUGCAUAUGGGACAGAUUGGAGAAACGCAGCUCGUAAUGUAGUUGCUGCCGUUUGGGACGCUCACGGUUGGAUCUGGUAUGGAUACGAGGUAGUUGGAUUAGAAAAUAUACCUCAAAACGAGCCAGUACUUUUUGUAUAUUAUCAUGGAGCUAUCCCUAUAGAUCUUUAUUACUUUAUAUCUAAAGUAUUGCUUUUAAACUCGAGAUUGAUUCACUCAGUGGCGGACAGAUUUCUGUUCAAAUGUCCUGGCUGGUCUAUCAUUUCCGACGUGCUGAAAGUCGCUGGUGCGCUCAAUGAUCUGAUAAGUCAGCAUCAAAGAAUACCUGGGAAUAUAUCAUUGGCUUUAUUAGAGAGGGUGUAUAAAGCAAAGAAAAAGGAAUCAUAA